CUUUCUUGCCAUUGAACUUCCACCUGUCACCUUCGCCAAGAUCACAUUGAUGGAAGGUCGUUGGUGAUCCGUCGUCCACCACAGCUUAUUCCUCGUUAUACCACAGCAGCGUCGAGGCUGCUAACCCCCUGCGCACCAUGGCGGAGACUGCUGCAAAGCCGGCGGACAAGCCCAGCGUGGUCAAGCCAGAGCGACCUGACGAAGAAGCCUACAAGACCAACCUCGCGAAGGCUGAGAAGGAACUUCAAGCUGCUGAUACAAAGCAGAAAGCCGCUCGCGCCAAGGUCGACAAUGCGAGAGCAGGCAAAGACUCGCCAUCGAGCAAGCGCAGGGCUGAACUGCUCGCCGAGCUGAGCCAGAUUCGCAGCCAGCAGGCGUCCAGCAAAACAGGUCGCAACGAAAUCCAAAGCAACAUCAAGCGCCUCGACGAGCAGCUCAAGAGCCGCAUCACAGAGCAGAAGACCGCUCGCGGCAAGAUCCCGUACAAGAGCGCAGAUGAGGUGGAUCAGGAGAUCACUCGCUUGCAGAAGCAGGUCGACGCGGGCACUCUUAAGAUCGUUGACGAGAGAAAGGCGCUGGAUGAGAUUUCCAAGCUCAACCGUGUGAAGAAGAGCUUCUCCGGCUUCUCAGACGGUCAAAAGGCCAUCGAUGAUCUCAAGGCCAAGAUCGCAGAGGAGCGCAAGAAGCUCGAGGACCCCGAGACGAAAGCACUGUCCGAUCGCUACACCGCUAUCCAGGCCGAGCUCGACCAAAUGAAGGCUGAGCAGAACGAGGCCAAAUCCAAUCUCGAUUCGCUUUUCGCAGAGAAGAAGAAGGCAGAAGAAGAACGACAGAAGAAGUACCUCGCUCUAAAGGAACUUAAGGAUGCCUAUUUCUCGCAGCGCCGUGCUGCCAGGGACUAUGAGCAAGAGGCCAGACGUAUCCGUGACGAGAAGAGACAAGCCGAGAACGAUGCCUAUCACCGUGGCAGGCGACAGGAAGCUGCCAAGGCCAAACUCGAUGAUGCCAGCGCGCCCGCCUACGACGAAGAGAUCCGCAUCGCACGGUCCGUUCUCAGCUACUUCGACCCAUCAUCCGUUGCGAAGCAGGAGGCUGCAGGCCCCGGAAAGUUUGCCGCCCAGGCAAGCAGAAAGAUUGACGACUCCGCAAUCAAGGGUACUGCCCUCAAGAAGAAGGGUGAUGACGACGACGACAACUACUUCGUGGGCGGCGGCGGCAAGAAGAAGAAGAAUCGCAAGGCUGCUCCAGCAGCUUCGGCCGAGAAGUUCAACCUGGAUGUUGGCACCCUCGACAGCCUUGCGCGCAUUAGGAUUGACCCACCAAUGUCGCAAGCAGAUGUUCCAGGCGUCGUUGAGAAGAUCAAAGAGAAGCUUGCCUUCUGGAAGGAAGACCAGGACCGCAAGACGAAGGAGAACAUCGCCAAUGCUCAGGCUGAGAUUGACAAGCUCGAAGCGGAGGCCACUGCUGAUGCUUCCGCUGCUAACUCGAAGAAAGAAUCCCGCAAGCCCGCUGCCGAGAAGCAAGUUAACGGCUCCGCCUCUGCCGGUGCCGAGAAGGAUGUCGCUGACGCUGCACAAGAGCUCGAAAAGGCCAAAAUAGAUGAUGAGACUGAGACCACCACGAAGGGAUCUCAAGAUGCAUAGGGUGCACUACAAAGCGCGCCCUCCGAGCUUGCUUAUGAGGCACCAUCGGGGUGCAAAUUUGGGGCAAUUGGUGAACCUGUACCGAAGUCUGCGUCUGUACCCUCCCCGCCACCCGCGGCCGACCUUCCAGCACGACCUUCCUCUGUUAGUCCUUCUCUUGCAAUACCAGCUCCACCACGUCCUGUACAUAUUACGAUACCUCCAGCAGCGAAGACGGCAGCGGCAGCGGCAUCAAUGUGGUCUUCCACUUGGGAUCCUCCCACAGUGGAUGGGUAUCAAAAUUGGGAAGUGGACGGCGCCGUCAUCCGCAGGUGGAAGAGCGGCCCGAAUAGAAUCGAUGUAUUUGCCAAGGACGCGGUGGAAACAAUCGGUUUGGUACGCAUAGACGUUGAUCGACUCACGACGUGCAGAUUCUGCCGCCGAAGAUACGAAUACUGUCGCUGCAGCAGAUAAGACAUUCGUGUUUCUGAGAUGCAUUUUCACGAGCAUAGCGAUCGGGAAGGCAAAAUUCUUACGGUGAAGCGGCUAGCAAUUUUGGACAUUUUGAGUCAGACAGUCUCGUGCUUGAACAAAUGAUACUUCUCAUUAUUCGGUCGGAAUAGCUGUGCCUUUCUCAUCUCCCAGACGCCAUAUCGCUGAUCGUCUCCGGGCCAAGCAAGCUGAUGCGACUACCAGUGGUCAAAGCCAAGCGGUGGUUGAGAGACGGAAGUGCAACUGAAGCAGUAUCACUUGGAGUGGUUCAAUCUGCUUGUCAACAUCUCCAAAGCCAGCCAGCCAUUCAUUCGAACCACUCUUGCAAAGUCGUACGUGGUGGUAUUUGCCACAGGUCAAAAACAUCCAUCAAACAAAGCGCAACACCAUGUGAACUCAUCAUCACAGCGCCUUCACACUCUGAAAGAAGGGAUUCGCCAACAACUUCUCAUUCCCCUUCACAAGUUCCCGCAUUUUCUGCACUUGUUCCUCCUUACUCAACCCUUCCGCCUCUUCCUUCCACUUGUACAAAACCUCUUUCAACAACCUACUCCCUUCUUCAACUUCCUCUUUCGCAGCUUUGCCAUUCAACUCCUCUUUCUCCUCCUUGUCGUCUUUCUUGGAGAAGUCUUCGAGUUCAUCGGCUUUCCGUUUCGCCAUGUUUACGACUUUUUGUGGGAAGCGGACGAGUUCGGCGACGUGGAUUCCGAAGGAUUGAUCGGAGAUUCCUGGGAUGACUUUAUAGAGGAGGGUUACUUCGCGGCGGCGGGUGGAUGUGCCGUUGUUUGUCAUGUCCGUGUCUUCAGCCUCGCCACUGAUAUGUGCGACGACGUGCAAGUUCUGGACUUGGGGGUACGUAUCGACCAAAGCAGUCAAUUCGUGGAAAUGUGUGGCGAACAUGGCGAAAGCUCCGAUUUCUUUGAUUAUGUGUUCGGAAAUUGCCCAUGCGAGACCAAAGCCGUCGUAAGUGGAAGUUCCUCGUCCGAG